UAGAUACUCCUCGGAAGGAUAAUGUUGAAGGUUUUUGCUUUAGUAGUUUUCGUGUGGGGGCUAUGCGGCGCUUGGGCGGAUGAAAACCUUCUUUUGAACAAGCUUACUGAAAAAAGCUCAAGGCAGAAGAGGUUACUUUUUUAUGAUGGUCAAGGCCAGUUGGUGAACACUUAUGGAAAUUCGCUUUACCACUAUGGUCAAAAUGAACAAGAAAAUCUAUUUCACUGGAGUUUUCUGAACAACUUUCUUAGCCCUAUUUUUCCAACAGCGUUAGGCAGAACAUCCAUCGCAUACAUGGUGCCAGUAUCAGACGCAGUGAUCGAGCAAUUCCACAAAGACCCAGUGUACCAGAACAAACUCCUCAUCCUAACAUACAAGGACCCAUUAGUCGAAGUCAACCCUCUAUGCUCCGGAAGAAGAGCUCAAAUACCUUCGCCGAACCUGUGCAGUAACUUUUUGAACUGCUGGGAUGGUUGGGCGUUCGAACAGGAGUGCCCAGCUGGUCUGCUGUUUUCGAAUGAGGGUUACUGUGACUAUCCACAAAAUGUCAACUGUAAUAAUAGGAAAGUGAAGGAGCCUCUCAAUCCGACAUGCAGCAAAGAGUUCGAAGCUUUCAGGAACAAAGUGGACUGCAGUGAGUUCUUCGUGUGCGUCAACAGCCUUCCAGUCCGGUUCAAGUGCCCCGCCGACCUUGCCUACAGCGAGAUUCUGGGUAUUUGCGACUAUCCUAGCAGAGUUUCUUGCAAUAUCACUCAAUUGAAUACUUCAAACGCGCCAACUAGCGUUCAAACUACACAAAUAUCUACCGAAGCAACUUCAACUACAGCUUCUAGUGCAGCCAGCUCGACUUCUUCUACAGCUGCACCAGUAUUAACUUUGGAUGGUGAUAAGAAUAUGGUUAUCAAUAAAUUGGAAUACAAUACACAAAGUUGGUCCUCAACACACGUAGCUAUAUCUCGUCAAGACGCAAUACGCCAGUUGCAGCUCGGAAAAAUCGCACAAAUUAGCGUGGAUUAAUUAAUUUUAUAGAAUUUCUUCGAAUAAGCUUGACCAGUAUUGCUUGCUCUCAGUAUUUUCAAACCCAUUAAGGUAUCUUGUACCAUAAGGAAAUGAAGUCGUAACACUUUUAUAUAUUUACAUUUAAGAAAAACGCGCUGUCAUACAUACGCUUUUAUAGAGAACUCGUUUGUAGGUACCUAAUAUUUUUUGUGUAGGUAGGUACUAAGUAGAGACGAAAAAUUAUGCGUAUUAAAUUUUAUUUGUAGUG